AAAGUUUAAUCCUACACUUGAUCACAGCCUGUUGUGGCUGAGAUAUGUGAAUUGUAAUUUUCUGCUAUGACCCUCAUAAAAAAUCCUCUUAUCCUUCUCUCAUUCUUCUUUGUCAUUGUGUUCAAGGGUCAGUGUACUACCCCACCUUUAUGUAAUGCCAGAAGUAAAGCAAACUACUCUGUAACUUUUUUUGGAGAAUGGAAUGCAAUCAACUUUCCGAAGCAGUAUCCAACUUUCAGGCCACCUGCUCAGUGGUCCCAUCUUUUUGGCUGUGUUCACAGUCCCCAUUUUACACUCUGGGAUGCUGGGACCCUAUCUUCGAUGGGGGUAAAAAGUUUUGUGGAGAAUGGGGACGUUAAACUGUUGACAGAGGAAGUAGAGUCAUCAGAAGGCAAUGUUCAUCACUGGUUCACAGCUAAUCCUAUCACAUCUGGUGAAGGAAAGACAAGUACAGUCUUCAGAACAGACCCAUCCUAUCAUCUAGUCUCCAUACUUGUAAGGAUUAUUCCUAGCCCAGACUGGUUUGUUGGUACAAGCAGUCUAAAUCUGUGUGAAAAAAAACAGUGGAAGAAAACAGUUAAGUAUGACCUUUAUCCAUGGGAUGCAGGAACAGACAGCGGAUUUACAUUCUCAUCUCCAAACUUUGCCACUGAUCCUCCAGAGCCAAUAUUUCAAAUAACUGCCAAGCAUCCGUCCCAUCCGGCCAACUCCUUCUUCUACCCAAGACUGGAAAAUCUACCCCGGAUUGGUCAUCUAGAACUUGAGCUGUUAGCUAUAGAAGAAAUUGAAGAAAUGGAGCUACCGGAAAAUGAAACAAUGAAAAACUCAACUCUCUAUAGUUUAGACUCACAUGUUUUUCUUGACACUGAAAAUGAUACAAAAGCAGAACAGGAAGAAAUCACAGCAAAUCAUACUGUCAGCAAAAAAGAAGAAGUAACAUAUCCACUAGAUGAUCAUGAAGAGAAAUCAGAGCAAAAGAAAGAUACAGAGGGACACAAUGGUACACCUCUAGACUGUGAGGUAUCUGAUUGGUCUUCUUGGGGUCUCUGCAGCAGAUUAUGUGGCAAAGGUAUUAGAAAGAGAACCCGUUAUGUCAUCCUCCAACCUGCCAAUAAUGGGGAGCCAUGCCCAGAACUGGCAAUGGAGGAAGAAUGUGAAGACGCCCUCUGUGUGAUCGCCAAAAAAGAACCCGACACUAGCAAUGCUACUGAUACUCCCAAGCUGCUUAAUGAAACUGCGGAAGUAGAUAUGGCAAUAAAGCUGAGUAACAGUUCAGAGGCAGCAAACCAGAAUCUUUCUGUCUAUGACAACACAACAUCAGAAGAGUCUUUAAAUAUGACAACUUUGUUAGAAAACCAGGAAAAAACACAAGAUGGACAGCUUAUAAAAGGCACAGACCCACCAACCAGUAGCCAUGUCAUCAAAGAAAGAGGACUAUCACUCAACACAGCUGAAAAUGGUUAUGCUGGCUCAAGCAACCAACUCCCAUCAUUUUUUUCACCAUCUGAGGUAAAAGACAAAUCACAUGGAGGCAACCAUACCUGAGCCGAUGCCAGUGCAGGCAUAGUCCAGUCCAACCUGUAACAAAAUGUCUACAGAGUAAUGAAACCAAUCCCAUGUUUGUAUACAUGUACAGUGUUUUGACAGAUGGUGUAAGCCUAUUAACAUAUGCAUCAGUUUCACAUUACCACCUGAGAAAGAGAACUGUCAGUAAGCAGGCAUCUGUUUAAUUAUCCUCAGAAAGAUAAAAGGAGCAGAGUGUUUUGUUUUAAUGGUUCCAGCUUUGGCACCUAUAAUAAAUUAGUAUUUUUUAAAUUAUUUUAUUUUUUUCAGUUGUUAACUGGGUAGGAUAGUUGGUCCAAUGGAAUAUUUUCAGCCAUGUCCCAAUGAGCCAGAAAGAAGUAGGUUACACAUGACAGAUAGUAAUAAUAAGAUGCACUACAAACUACAUUGGGUAGCAAGUAAAAAGUAGGGGUGACAGGCCGUUUGUUAGUAAUCCAGAUAGUAAUUACUGACUAAAUGUUAAGUAUACCUUCUCCAAGAUUCAUAGUCUCUGUCAGUAAUGAACAAAGGAAUAGCCAUUCAUAUGAUGUACACUUCAUCGAACUAGAUUUCAUCACAAUAUUUCUGCCUAUGAGCACAGAUUACAGCUGAUGACUCAGAUGUUAAACUCCACAGGAAGUCAUUAUCACCUGACGUUUCAGCACCUUGUCAUUUCAUCCUCCCACACUCAUUUACUACCCACAAACAGUAGCUCAUAAACACCUACACAGACCAUAUAUGACUGUUAUUACUGAGAAGUGUUUCCUUCCUUAUACCGAAGUCUCUGAUCUAGUUCAGUUCAUUGUCCCAGUGAUACAGGAACAACUGGAAAAGGGAUGGUGCAUCUAGAGGUCAUGUUUCCACUUUUUAUGGGAAGUUUUCCGAGAGCUUGCCAUGCAACUCCCCUGAUGGAGACCAGGAGUGCUAUAGGAAGCAUGCAGGGAUGAGACAGGAAAACACUGCCAAACAUCCCCUUGGGUUCACAUAAGCAUACUCUCAAUUCCAUAGUUCAUAUCAAUGCACUUUGCUAUCUCAUAUGGGAUCAAAGAUGGUAAGUCGAAAUUUUAAAAAGACCUUUAGCUGCAGUGUAAAAGUGAUCAACCCCCAUUCUCAACCUCAUCAAUUCUUAAGAUGGAUUCAGGAGAAAGGGAUGAACUAAGUAAUGGGCAUACAGUGAGGGAACUGCCAUCUGAGAUUAACCACCAGAAAGUGGCUAGUAAAUUAAAAAAGAGAGAGAGAAUGGCUCAGGAGGCAGUAAAGGUACUGAGUGGUAGAAGAGAUGAAAUUCAUUCAUUUGUGUGUAUACCAUGUAAUGCAACUUACAACUGCUUCACCAUAAAGUGAAUAAUGAUUGUUUGAACCCACUAUAUGGAGCAGGUUCAAUUGCACAUUUUUUUAACUUCUUCCAUGACUGUACAAUCUUAAAGUAUUUUCUGUUGGACAAGAGGUACAUAGAACUUUGCUCCUGCAUUUUGGGUAUGUGAUGAGCUUGCUUGUCUUUUCAUCCAGGGUUUUCUUUUCAAACUUUUAAUACAAUACGCUCAGUAGUUCAUGUUUUGAUUAAAUGUCAGGUGGCCACAUAAAGCAUAUUCUGAAUUACAUACUAUGUAUAUGUUGCCAGUCUAGCUGAGAGGUGAAAUGCAGUUACCAUUAGGAGUAAUAAAUACAGUGAUAAUGCAGCAUCGUGUGCAAGUAAACUGCUUUCAUUAUUCCCUGAAACUCAUUCUGAGUUCUGUAUAAUAAAAGUGUCUCAGGAAUGACAUGUUUAGAAAGGUAAGUUGAGUGCAUAUAAAUCUAUAUAUGUAGGGGGUCUGGAAUAUUAUAAAUAAGAUAAAUGAAUUAUCCUUUACUGAAGGUUUACCAUAGAUUUAGCAGCAUGUCUCAUGAAGGAUGGUAUAGCCAUGAGUCAGAGAACAAGCUCCCUAAUUCUACAGCUAAAUAUAUUUAAUUUGUCACAUAAAGCAGAGCCCAGAUAUUGCACUUAAACAUUCUGCCAGGACUUUUUUGUUUGGAUUACUAUUUCCCACUCGUUUCAGUACAAUACAGUUACUCUGAGGUUUGUCUGUUGAAAGGGGCUUUACCUAAGUUUCUGUGAGGGAAUUUUCUCAUGGGUGAACGUCUGCUAUAGCUCUGAGGGUAAGUUCUAAUUGUUUUUAAUCUUGUUGCUAGCUUUGUGGUAUUGUUAUAAUUGUUUAUUAAGGGUUAUGUUUAUAUCUUUUAGCUUUGAACUUUGGUUAUGUGUUUUAGUCAGUUUAAUGUCACUUAUAAUACAACAGUACAGCUUUUCAUGUAAUAUAAUUUAUGUUGCGAUUUUAGCCUGUAAUCUAUUUCAUAUAAUAAAAUAAUAAAAGUGGCUUGGAGAUAGUA